AUUUAUACUGUACACAAUUGCGUACAACCCGUCACUGUUAGAUCAAUUUCUGGUGCUUUUCUCGAACUGUCACCAAUUCUAAAUACUAAACAUUUAAUGUUCAUGAACAUCUUGAAUAUUUUUGUUUGAGUUUUUUUAGUUACACUCAUAACUAAGCAACGCUACUUACACACAUACGUAUCGUUACUUAAAUAAACAUUUUGUUUGAGGUUAGAGGUUUGUGAUAAUACACACAGUAAAUAAGCAGUUGAAAAAUCUCGCAUGCACUGCUUGAAUAAAUCAUAAAUACAGAUUCUUGGAGUUGUCUCUACUCCGCUAGACAGAAAGUUGUUAAGCAUAACUAUUUAAACAAACAAAUUUUAAAUAAUGGCGGAUAUUAAGCAGGAACAUAAAUCUGAUAGUGGUGAAAAUUUUGCUAUGGCUACUAAUGUUGACCCGAAAAAUAUGCAAGAGUUAACGCAAUUCGUUCAAAGUCUUCUUCAAGGAAUGCAAGAUAAGUUUCAAACGAUGUCCGAUCAAAUUAUUGGAAGAAUAGAUGAAAUGGGAAAUAGAAUAGAUGAUCUUGAAAAGAACAUCGCAGAUUUGAUGACGCAGGCUGGUGUUGAAAGUGCUGACAAAUAAAUACUUAUACUACGUCAUUCCUGCACAAAUCUUCAUUUCAACAUAUUUAUUAUCAUAUAUAUAAGUAGUAUUUACGGCUCACUUUUCAACUUCAAUAAUAUCGAAUGGAUUUGUGAUCGUAAAAUAUCUUUAGAAUUUUAUUUUUUUUUUUUUUAUAAUUUCCUUUAAGUAAUAAUUAUUUGAAGUAUUUAAAUUUAUUAAUAAUAUAUCAUGAUAUUGAAAAAUAAAUUUUAAAUCAAUACUCCAAAUGUUCUUUUUACAACCAGUUUUUGUUUUGGUUUUGGCGAAUAUCAUUAAUUCUUUUAAAAUUAUUAUUAUUUUUUUUUCAAAUUUAUUGAUUCCAAUAAUAUGAAAUAAACAAUUUUUUUCAAUUAAAUUAGUAAUAUUUCAGUAGAAAAAUGGAACAAUUAAAGUACCAAGACAUUGAAUUCGAAUAAAAUUAUACUAUCCAAUAAA